AUGCAGUCAUAUAACCCGGCAAAUAGCUUGACAGCUACCACAUCAUAUUCGGAGCAAGAAAUCGUGUGCAUUUGUGAGUCACUGUUCAACGAAGGACUCCAAACUGGAAGAACUGAGCAAUUGGCAACAUUCAUCUACAACCUUCCACAAUGUUACCAGAGUAUGGAAUCUGCUUUGAAAGCCCAGGCACUCGUCUACUACUCCACCCAGAACUGGAAAUCGCUUUACAGACUUCUGGAGUGUCAUAAAUUCUCCCCUCAUAACCAUACAGUUCUUCAGAACUUAUGGCUCAAUGCUCAUUAUAAAGAGGCUGAGAAAACGAAGGAGAGGGAGUUAGGCGCGGUUUGCAAAUAUCGUAUCCGUAAGAAGAAUCCAUUUCCAACUUCAAUUUGGGACGGAGAGGAAACCAAUUACUGUUUUAAAUCGAAAUCAAGAAAUGUGCUUCGUGACGCCUACAAGAAAAAUAACUAUCCAUCGGUGGAUGAGAAGAAGAGGUUGGCCAAUCAAACGGAUCUUUCUGUUAUUCAAGUGUCCAAUUGGUUCAAAAACAAGAGACAGCGUGAGCGAGCAGCUGGCCAGUUGGAUAGAAGCUCUGCCCGAUCCAACGACAGCGAUGAUGGCUCAUCUGGAUGCGAAUCGAAACCAACGCCACUCGAACUUGAUAGCCCUGUCCCACCAUCCAUCCCGAACACUUUCGACAUCCCUCCUUACUAUCCAUCCCCCUAUGGAUUUGCACCCCAAUGUGACUUUUCGUACAUCCAAAAUUUGUGA